AUGCCAAGUCUACCCGCUGAGGUAGCGGUUCAUAAACUUGGAAUUCGGCAUGAUGCCAUUCCCGUUAAACAAGCUCCUCGACGCAUGCGCCUAGAAAUUGAACAACAAGUCGUUUCUGAAGUUAAGAAAUUGGCCGAAGCUGGAUUUAUUCUAGAGGAACAAUACCCCUCUUGGGUAGCUAGCAUCGUGCCAGUCCGAAAGAAAAAUGGUCAAAUUCGAAUCUGCAUCGAUUAUAGGGAUCUGAAUAAGGCAUGUCCUAAAGAUGAGUUCCCUUUACCAAUACCAGAGCUCAUGGUGGACAUUGCCUCCUCACACGCUAUAUUCUCAUUCAUGGAUGGCUCAUCGGGUUAUAGCCAAAUCAAGAUGGCCCCAGAAGAUGAGAGAAAUACAGUGUUCAGAACCCCUAUUGGAAUCUUUUGUUACAAGGUGAUGCCAUUUGGCUUAAAGAAUGCUGGGGCAACUUACCAGCGGGCCAUGACCCAUAUCUUUGACGACUUAAUCCAUAACCAAGUUGAAUGUUAUGUUGAUGAUUUGGUUGUCAAGAGCAAAGUCAAAGGGGCUCACCUGUUUGAUUUGAGAACUGUUUUCGAACGGUUGCGCCGCUACGAUUUGAAAAUGAAUCCUCUGAAAUGCGCCUUUGGCGUUGCUUCAGGGAAAUUUCUAGGAUUCGUAGUAAGGCACCGAGGAAUAGAGAUUGACCCCGCCAAAAUUGAAGCCAUCUUAGACAUGCCAUCUCCUAGGAGCCUUACCCAGUUAAGGUCUCUACAAGGUAGAUUGGCAUAUAUAAGGAGGUUUAUUUCUAACCUUUCCGGAAGGUGUCAGCCCUUUUCUGUCCUUGUGAAAAAAGAUACUAAAUUCGUAUGGGGCGAGAAGUGUCAAAACGCUUUCGAUAAUAUUAAGAAAUACCUUUCUAAUCCACCAGUUCUGGCAGCUCCAAUUCUGGGAAAGCCGUUAAUUCUCUACACUGCAGCCUUAGAUGAGUCUUUAGGCGCCCUGCUAGCUCAAGUCAACGACGAAGGGAAGGAGAAUGCUCUCUAUUAUCUUAGUCGAAGACUUCUUCCUACGGAAAUUCGAUACCCUUCAAUUGAAAAGAAUUGUCUUGCUUUAGUUUUCGCAGCCCAAAAACUGAGGCAUUAUAUGCUUUCACACUCAGUUAGUUUAAUUUCAAGAGUUAAUCCUUUGCAAUAUCUCAUGACCCGACCGACGUUGUCAGGAUGUUUAGCCAGCUGGUCUAUGAUAUUACUGCAAUUUGAGAUUACUUUCACUCCUCUUCGCGCUGUGAAAGGACAAGCCGUUGCCGACUUUCUGGCAGCGCACCCGCUGCCGGCAGACUCUGCUCUGAACGAUGAUUUACCCGACGAACAAAUCAUGAGUUUGAGGGAAUCUGAUGAGGCCAUCUUGGAGCUGUAUUUUGAUGGAGCAGCAUCCUCUCGUAGGAAUGCGACCCAGCAGUCUAUAAUUCCCGGAAAGGCCGGAGUUGGUUUAAUCUUCAUAAUGCUAGAAAAAGGAAUGAUGCAUUUUUCCUACCAUUUAUCGGAGCCCUGCACAAACAACGAGGCUGAAUACGAAGCUCUGAUAACCGGUUUGGAACUUGCAAUUUUAAUGGAAAUUAAAGAGAUUAAGAUUUUUGGAGAUUCCCAGUUGGUGAUUAACCAAGUGGCCGGAACCUAUAAAGUCUUGAAUCCUAAUCUCCUGAAAUACCACCAGUACACACUUCACCUGUUGGAACAAAUUCCCACCACUACUUUGUAUAGGGUUCCCCGUGGAAGCUAUUCUGCAGCAGAUGCCUUAGCAAAACUAGCGAAAGAAUUUUCCUGUCCUGAGGAAGAUUCCAUUCCUAUAGAGAUUAAGGCUCGCAAUACCCUUUCUCUUAUAGAUUUGGAACACAUCAGUAAGACUCCCCUUCAGAUCCUUUCUGCCUCUUCGACAACUGACGAAGAAGGCGAUUGGAGACAACCCUUAAUUGACUACCUUAAAGAAGGGAAGCUCCCUCAGGACAAAUCGCUCUCUAACCAGAUUAAGAAAUGUGCCCUUUAUUACACACUAGUCAAUAACUUGUUAUACCGACGGUCCUUCGAUCACAUGUGGCUGCGUUGCUUAGACCAACGAGAAGCUCUAAAGAUCGUUAAUGAAGUUCAUUCAGGACUAUGCGGUGCACAUCAAUUGGGUCCAAAAAUGAAAUCAAAAAUUAAAAGACUUGGAUACUACUGGCCUACAAUGAUUGACGAUUGCUUGAAUAUUGCAAAACAUUGUCAUCAAUGUCAGGUUCAUGGUGUGGUUCUGCAUCAGCCGCCUAAUGUGUUACAUCCUACGAUAGCCUCGUGGCCCUUCGAGAGUUGGGGCACAGAUAUCAUAGGACCGAUUGACCCUCCUUCCGCGAGAGGUCAUCGUUUCAUAUUAGCAGCGACUGAUUACUUUUCAAAGUGGGCGGAAGCAAUUACCCUACGCAAUGUGACAUCCCACCAUGUCUUAAAAUUCUUUCGUGACCAUAUCGUGUAUCGAUUCGACGUGCCCUGCAGAAUCAUAUCCGAUAAUGGGUCCGCAUUCAAGUCUACAAAGAUUAACAGUUUUGUAAGAUGCCAUAAUAUUGAUUGGAGAUACUCAACAAUCUAUUACCCCCGGGCAAAUGGAUUGGCCGAGGCCUUCAACAAAACCUUGGUGCAAAUCAUUAAAAAGACCCUUGAUGAUAACAAGCGACAAUGGGAUGAGCGGUUGGUGGAAGCUUUGUGGGCUUAUCGUACCACUUAUAGAACUCCGACCCAAUCUACUCCGUUCACACUAGUGUAUGGAUCUGAGGCCGUUCUACCCUUGGAAAUACAAAUCCCGUCGCUUAGGAUUGCAGUUCAGAACCAGAUUACAAACGAACAAAAUGCAAAACUGUGA